AAAUCCAAAGCUUUUUUUUGGAAAUUGUCUUACCCAUUUCUCAACCGUAAGACAUUUUCCCUUUCUCCUUUCUCUUCUUCAACCUUCUUCAACUCCGUUCCCAUCUUCAGCUUCUUCAUUACUAAGAAGAGAUUCGGAGAAGCCUAUGUUGACUCCACCGCCGCCGUCGCCACCUCCUCCUCCUCCGCUUCCUCCGAAGCAACGACGGCUCUGGGAGAAACCACUUCCAUCAGCAUCUAUAAUAAAACAGAUAUCGAAGCCGCCUCCUCUUGUGCCCCCUUCGAUUCCUUUUAUGACACACAACCCAAUUAGUAUUUCUCAAGUCGAGUUGCCUACAAGGUCUGAGUCUGAGGCAGUGGAGGAAAAGGAUGCGGAGGAGGCUUCAAAACCCAAGUUAAAGCCUUUACAUUGGGAUAAAGUACGAGCCAGCUCUGAUCGUGAAAUGGUGUGGGAUCACCUCAGAUCAAGCUCAUUCAAGUUGAAUGAGGAGAUGAUUGAAACACUAUUUGUCGCAAAAACACCGAAGCAAGCAACUCCACGUUCUGUUCUUCCUUCACCAAACCAAGAUAAUAGAGUGUUGGAUCCCAAAAAGGCACAAAACAUAGCAAUUUUGUUGAGGGCAAUCAAUGUGACCGUCGAAGAAGUUUGUGAAGCCCUUUUAGAAGGUAAUGCUGAUACACUCGGCACUGAACUUCUUGAAAGUUUAUUGAAAAUGGCUCCGACCAAGGAAGAAGAACGCAAGUUGAAGGACUACAAAGAUGAUUCACCAGUCAAGCUUGGGCCAGCUGAGAAGUUUUUAAAAGCAGUUCUUGAUAUACCCUUUGCGUUCAAAAGGGUGGAUGCAAUGCUCUACAUGGCUAACUUCGAGUCUGAAGUUGAAUACCUUAAAAAAUCUUUAAAAUGCUUGCGAGGAAUUGAGAACCAGUAGGAUGUUUUUUAAGCUUCUAGAGGCUGUGCUCAAGACUGGGAACCGCAUGAAUGUCGGGACAAACCGUGGUGAUGCCCAUGCCUUCAAACUUGAUACACUCCUUGAGCUUGUUGAUAUGAAGGGUGCGGAUAGGAAGACCACACUCCUGCAUUUUGUUGUACAAGAAAUAAAUCAAUUUAAAGAUUAAUAUUGUAGUUUAAUAAUUAAGUAUUAUUAUAAAUAAAUCAAUGCAAUAUAUGUAAAAACAAUUUAAAAUAUAAAAAUUUAUUAAUAUAUAUUAAUAUAUGUAAAAACAACUUUUCCGGAAAA